UGGUUCUACUCAAAUAACAAACAGAUCUUUCCAAGUUUACGCACAAAAUCAAACCAAGAAGAUCAAAUCCAAUCAACCCAAAGAAGCAACAAUGGGAGCAUUGAUGAAGCUAAUCGACACAAUCUUGAUCAUCUUCUUCCUCAUAAUCGCGAUUGCAGCCCCACUUCUCGAUGCUCAAACAUGUCUCCCUUCCAACAUAUUCCCGGACAUCCUCGUACACCUCAAAACCUGGUACACCCACGAAUACGGAGAUUAUUUGGUCUCUGAAAAACCCCAUUUUUUCGUCGGCCUGAUUUGGGUGGAGCUUCUCUUCGCUUGGCCCCUCUCGAUUGCUUCUAUAUAUGGUAUUGCUGCUGGGAAAUCUUGGGUGCGCACCACCUGUUUGAUGUAUGGUGUCUCCACUUUGACUUCUAUGGUUGCAAUUCUAUCAGAAAUGGUGGGAUCUGGAAAAGCAUCAGAAAAGCUAUUGAAAAUGUAUUACCCCUUCUUGGGUUUUGCGGUUUUAGCUAUCUUGCGGGGGCUCUUACCGCAUUCUAGUAAGUCGAACGCGAGUGUCACACGACCUGCGGUGGCCAGGAAAAAACGAGCUUGAAUGGUUUACCAAGAUUAGCAUUAGCGGGCCACAUGUCACUAAUCUUCAUAUCUUCUGCUGAUGUAUAUGAAAAUUCCAUUUUGAGUUUUGCAGCCUUUGUAUGAUUGUAUCACUAAAUUUGUGUUAUGAACUAAUGCUAAUCUAUAACUUAAUCACCAUUGAUUUUUUUUUUUU